CUUGAUAAAGUCUUCCCUCCGGGGAAAAGAUGGUGAUGUGACGGUCAAACCCCGCGCUCGAUCCCCGAGACAUCGCGCAUCGAAAAUGCAAUCACCUGUAUAACGAGAAUAAAAAUUAACACGAACAACACGACUACAGCCCUUCGAAAGGGGGCAGCUUGCAGGGUCGCGGGAGGCAAGAUGAAGGAUCACAACUUGCAGGCUUUUUUAAUUUUUUCUUUCACUUUCACUAUGUUUGAAGCGGAAAGCACCGACGCUGACUGCGCUGAAAAGGAAGGGAGCAGCGGCUUUAAUGAGAAAUGCGUUGUCUUUGAAAUUUGCAUAGCCGAUAGAAAGAAAGAAAAUCUGCAAACGUUAUUCAGUAAAACACCCAGUUCUUGAGUUUAAUGAAAUGUGGUGUUGUUUAUUUAAUUAUUCUUCACAGAAUGUUACUUCUGUAAUGUAAUGUCGGACACUUUGCAUUUCAAGCGCUCUUGCUGUGUGUGUGUAUAUCAGCUUUUAAAACGGGAUCGCAAUGGGGAACGCUAGAGCUCAAGCUGUUUGUGUCAAAGUCUGCACUAACUAGCGCAAAUCGCCUGUGCGUAAUGGAGAGAACAAUGUUACAACUGCCCCCGGUCUCCCCUACCUUGCUGUUCACGUGGUUACUUUUUAUUUCAUUUUCCGCAGCGCUUGGAAACAGCUGCGGUGCCGCUUGUGGCCACAGGAGGGCGCUGCGAGACCGGCGUGUCCAGCGCCUCCGGAUUGGAUCACUCGUUCUCAUCAUCAGCGGCAGUUUUCUGGUUCCUCCGACCCCCGGGUAAUGGUUUGCGCUCAGCUCGUGUUUUACAUACAUUUGCUUGGUGUGGGCAAAACAAAUACCACGGACACCUAUCAAUCUCUAAAUCAGCCCCAAGCGCCGAUAGGAGCCGAGAAGCAGCGAGCAGCACAGAGCUGCAGAGCCGCGGAACACCUGAAACUGAAUCCCCGCGUCCGCCAGCUUGGCUCCGAUCUCCGUACUCUUUAAUAGGCAAUGCCGCGCAGCGUGGAGCCGGAAUGGCGCCGGUUACCGCUGCGCUCUGUGAACUGACCCCCCCCGACAGAAAGUGUAACGGAGUGGAGCAUCAGUCAAACCCAGUUGCGAAGUAUUGCCAUGCAGACGCGGAGAGUCGGGUUUUGUUUGAAUGACAAGAAAAAGAAGAGAAUGAAUCUGGAGGCUUUUGCAGAACUUUGCAGGAAUCAAGGGAUUGAGGUGGUCCAGAUUGAUCUGAACCAGCCAAUCGCAGUGCAGGGCCCCUUCGAUGUCAUCAUCCACAAGCUCUCUGAUGUCAUGGUGGACGCGGAGCACGACAGCCAAUCACAGCAGCUGCUGGAACGAUUUGAGGGAUACACUGCGGAACACCCCCACACUGUGCUGCUGGAUCCCCUCCCUGCAAUGAGACGCCUCCUCGAUCGCUUCGCCUCCUACAGGAUCAUGGAGAGACUGCAGACUGCCAUCCCUGGUGACUGGGUCUGCAGCCCCCCUUAUAUGAAGAUCAAUUCGAUGGAGCUGAGUGAGGAACAGCUGGACAGAGUGCAAUGCAGCCUCCCCUUCCCUGUCAGUGAGCUGGUCUGUAUUCCGAUGGCUCUGAUUUUUGGCCCAGCUGGCCUGUGGGAUGCUCGCCCCCCCUGCGUGCUGCAGAGCUUCAUCAAUCACAGCGCCGUGCUGCACAAGGUCUUCGUGGUGGGAGGGGCUCACUUCACUGUGGAGAGACCCUCGCUCAAGAACUUCCCUCGGGGUCAGUCUGACAGGAAGACGAUCUUCUUCAACAGUCAUGACGUGUCCAAGCCGGAGUCCUCCUCACACCUGACUGCGCUGGACGAGGAGGCCGCGCUGCCCCGCCCCCCCAGCGAUGAUGUCAUUGCUGCCAUAGUAACAGAGUUGAGGGCGGAGCUGGGGAUGUCACUGUUCGGAGUGGAUGUGAUCGUCAACACUGAGACAGGGAGGCACACCGUGAUCGACAUCAACAUCUUCCCAGGGUACGAAGGGGUCCCUCAAUUCUUUUCUGCUCUGCUGAGCCACAUUGAGGCUGUGCUGCAAGAGAAGGAAGGGGCCUACAAGACCAGGGGCUCACCUGAGCAUGCAGCCCAGGGAGGGGAGGUGGAGUCAAGGCAAGUCACAGGAACCCCGCCUCUGAAAAUGGGCCCCACCCCCACCCUGCCCCCCAGCGCUACACACUGAUCGUGGGCUGGUCUGACAUUAAAUACAUGGUUCUUCGGCACAAACAAACCCUCCUAUCCAGAGAGGCGAGUCUCAUUCACGCUGUGCCAAGAGCCCAUCCAGUCACAGCAGGAUUACCAGCAGUCUGGCUGUUGGCUUGCCUUUCAUGAAUAAUUACACCCCCUUCACUCACUGUGUGUGCAGUUCCACCAGCUGGAGUUACCUGUUUAUCUAGCUAUUAUUUUAUAAUGCCUUAAUGUGUUUUUUUUUCUUCAGUGUUAUAGCAGAGGCUGUAGAGUUACAAUAAAAAAUAAAAAUGAAUAAAGAACAACUGAUCGAAGGGGAUAU